GGAAAUCAUCUCAAUUGGUAAUAAGUUAAAGUAGAUACAAUAUGCGAAAAAAACAGCAACAAUUAGAUAUUUAUAAAGUUUAAGGAAAUAAAAGAUUAUUAUAAAGCUCACGAAGCGCUUUCUCACUCGUGAUCAACAAUGUUAAUAGGAAAUAUGGAUAACUAUUUAAAUUGACUGACAGCAACAGCCACAUCAUCCAGUCUUGAUUAAAAUAUGUUAUCAGUUCGAGUCUGCAAAUUAUUUAUCUAUUAUAACAAAUAUUAGUGCGCGAACGUUUCUACCAUCUGCUAGUCCAGUUUUCUUAAUUUCGAUUUAAUUCGCUCCAAAGUUAUGAACGAAAUACAUAACCUGAUAUUAUAACAUUCGGUCAUUUAAUCUGGGUGGUGAAUAUGGAGUGGGAACAAACAAUGUGUAUCUCAACGUAGACAACAGAUUGUAGCACGUAACAUAUGCUUUAAAGCAAGGAUUCUAUAAAUUGAAACAAGUGGUGAAUUGUACUGCUCUAUGGCAAAAGUAUGUCUGUUGUGCAACAUAUUAUCUUCUGCUGUUAGAAGAUACCUGUGAAAUAAAGAAGUUGCUGCUGUAUCUAUUGAACGAUGUACAAUUCGAUGAGAUCUUGACGAAGAAAGAAAUAUUUCUGGUCCGAAAAUGGCUUGUGAUUCUUUUAUUUGGGGUGUGCUGUUAUUCGGAUGCAGCUUACACAUUCUCAUCGAAGCAUCCAAUAAUGAUCCAUUGGAAUAUAUGAGCAAAGAAGAACGUGAAGCACUCAAGGAGGAAGCAAGGGACAUGUUCUAUCAUGCUUACAAUGCAUAUAUGGAUAAUGCUUAUCCUGCUGAUGAAUUAAUGCCUUUAAGUUGUAAAGGAAGAUACAGAGGGUCUGAAGCAAAUAGAGGUGAUAUAGAUUCCACCCUUGGAAAUUUUUCCUUGACGUUAGUGGACACGUUGGACACUCUUGUAGUAUUGGGUGAUUUAGAAGAAUUCGAAAAUGCAGUUAAACUCAUUGUCAGAGAUGUUACGUUCGAUACAGAUGUUGUUGUUUCCUUAUUUGAAACAAAUAUCAGAAUGCUUGGGGGUCUCCUUAGUGGUCAUAUAUUAGCCGAAUAUUUACAACAGAGAGCUGAUAUAAUGCCAUGGUAUAAAGGAGAACUUUUAGACUUAGCAAAAAAUCUAGGAUACAGAUUUCUGCCAGCAUUUAAUACAACAACUGGCGUACCAUAUGGAAGAAUAAAUUUAAAACAUGGUAUGAAAGGUGUACCUAUCGAAGUUUCCAGAGAAACAUGCACCGCCUGUGCUGGUAGUAUGAUCUUGGAAAUGGCUGCGUUGUCUAGAUUAACUGGGGAACCAAUAUUUGAGGAAAAGGCUCAAAAAGCUAUGGAUGUCUUGUGGCGAAUGCGUCAUCGUGGCACGGAUCUAAUGGGUUCUGUAUUAAAUGUAAAUUCUGGUGAUUGGGUCCGGCGUGAUUCCGGCGUAGGAGCAGGUAUAGACUCAUAUUACGAGUAUUGCCUCAAGGCAUAUGUUUUACUAGGUGAUGAAAAAUACUUAGGCCGUUUCAAUCGUCAUUAUCAAGCUGUAAUGAAAUACGUGAGUCAAGGUCCCAUGUUAUUGGAUGUACAUAUGCACAGACCGAACAUAAAUGCGAAAAACUUUAUGGAUGCCUUGCUAGCUUUUUGGCCAGGACUUCAGGUGCUGAAAGGAGAUAUAAAGCCAGCAGUGGAAACCCACGAGAUGCUUUAUCAAGUAAUGCAGAGACAUAACUUUAUUCCAGAGGCUUUUACCACGGAUUUCCAGGUACACUGGGGUCAACAUCCAUUAAGGCCAGAGUUUCUGGAAUCAACUUACUUCUUGUAUCGCGCUACGGGGGACCAUUACUACUUGGGGGUUGGACGUAAGGUCCUUAACAGUCUGCAGACUUAUGCCAGAGUAACUUGUGGAUACGCAGCAGUAUCUGACGUUAGAACGAACAAGCACGAUGAUACAAUGGAUAGUUUUGUACUAUCUGAAACUUUUAAGUACUUAUAUUUGUUAUUCGCUGAUAGCAGCGACCUGGUUUUGGAUUUGGAUGAAUUUGUUUUUACUACCGAAGGCCAUUUGUUGCCACUAACAUUGGCUUCCGUAAGAACCAAUUCGUCAUCUGAUUUUGAGAAAGAUAUAGUGCAUAUUGAUGAGUUCGAUAGAACCUGUCCAAACAGUUUACACUUAUUCCCAGCCUCUGUCAGGCAACCUUUGAGGAAUAUGGUCGAGGAUGUAUGUCCGAGAAGAACGACAACAAAACGAAGACUGAACGCUUCUCAAUUCCAAGCUAAUAACUUAGAACAUUUGACAAUGUUGAGCGAUAUGGGCAUUACGAUUCUAACUCUAGCCGAUGGACGUGUUCAACUCCUCCAUACUUUUUCUAAUGCGAAAACACCGCAAGAUGCGGAAGAGGGUCUAGUAUUCAUGCAAGAGAUGGUAGAGCUAAGUAAAAUGCAGACACAACAAUCAGAAACAAAGCCGCAAGUAGUAACAUUUAUAAAGCCAAAUACUAAUCCGCCACAAGAAGUAAUGCUAUUAGCUGGACCAGCACGUUUUGGGCCAAUGAUUUAUGGCUCGAACAAAAUGACUGGAAAGGUCACCUUUACGAGUCCACCAUCAGCCUGUACAGAUCUAGUCAACGAAGAGGCAUUAGCUGGAAGAAUUGCCAUAAUGGAACGUGGCAAUUGUAUCUUCGUAGAAAAGGCACGGAGGAUACAGAAAGCUGGUGCUUUGGCUGGUAUAGUACUGGAUAAUGUUCCUGGCUCAAGUGCUGCAACUUCACCAAUGUUCGCUAUGUCUGGUGAUGGGAAAGAAGUCGAUGACAUAACAAUACCCGUUGUGUUUCUCUUCAGUGCAGAGGCCAAUGAGCUUUUGCAUGCUAUUGUGCAGAGUCACGGAGAACUCAUCGUCACUAUCGGCGAUUUCUUAACGAGAGACGAGGCUCAAUUGAAAGCGCCCACCGAUUUAUCGAUGUUCGAACGACUGAAAGGUUCCCUGAAGGAUUUUCUCACUCAGCAAAUAACACCACAGAAUCCUCCAAGCAGUAUUGCUACUACCGAUGUCCUGGAGCAUGAGGUCAAACAAGAGGAUGAUGGAGCAGUAACGGUCGAGUAUGCACAUUUACAGGCAGUUAUCACCCAAGGUGCAGACGAGAAAGAAAUAAGGAUAUCUGCUAAGUUAAAUGUACCUAUAGUAACAGGAAAGAAAUCUAAGGAACUGUCAGACCCCGAGAAAAGAUGGCAGGGUCUAAAGCAAUCCGUUGUCGAUCAAGUGUUUACAAAUGUGAUAAAACGUGACGCUCCUUUGCUCAUUAAAAGUAAAGAGCUAACACACGAUUACAGUUUCAUUCAAAAAGAACGUGGAUCAGGUGAUGAUCCCAGUGUAAGCUUAAAGGAUAAGGUACUGUGGUUUUUAAAAGAACUGAGUGAAAUACCACCAGACGAUACCAUUGGCAAAAUAUUAGAAAUGAAGGCAUUAAACAAGCGGAACGUGAAAUUGUUAAGACCCCAUUUGUUAAGAAAGAUAAAUGAGCUAGCCUAUCUUAAAAAACUUGCGACUAGACUCAAAUCAGUAAAAACAAAAAAUGCGAAUAUAGAAAGGCUUAUCAAGCUAUUGGAUUCUGUUGAGAUGAAAAUUGAAAAUUAUUCACACUUAUUGCAUGAGGUAUUCGACGACAAUUAUACCGGAUUCGAAACUUCGUACCUUCUACUUCUAGAUCGCAUGAAUAAACUCCUGCUGUCACUUAAUAAUCUGAAUGUGUUUAUCAAUCAUUUAGGAAAGGAAUUCGAUACACCAUUCGAUAGAAAAUAUCUGGCAAAGCUCAAGGAGAAUAAUUUUAUCGGUAUAGAGUCGAUCAUCGAUGUCGGCGGUGACAAUAAGGAAAAGAAAGUCAGUGAAAAUCAUAGUAUUUUGAAAGAAAGAGAUACUCUGGACGAUUUCGAAUAUUUCAUCCCGACAGAAGUGAAAAACUCUUUGAAAAGGUCUGAGGAGAUUUUCAAGAUAAGAACCGACACUCUCGAUACUUCAAGUAACGUGGAGAAAGAGUCAAAGAUAAACGAAGAGACGUCGAUAUCUGGUGAACCUAGUGUUAUUGCUAUCAAAUCUAGAAACAGAAGCCAAAACGACGACGGUAGAAAUAAUGAUCUCGAAACUCAUAUAAACGAAAAGACAAACUUUCUUCCGGAUAUAAAUCUCCAGGGUGCUGAGUAUUAUAAAAAGAAUGUACAAGAUCGACAAGGUGCUAAAGACAAUGCAUUGGACGAAGGAUUAAACGAUGAAUCAAAAAGUGAUGUUCCAGUAGGAAGUGAUAGCGAUAAGAAAUCUAAGAUAUCCGAUAGAGUCCUUAACGACGAGAUACAUAAAUUGUUGCGUGAAAUUGAACGGGAGAUAAGUGAUUCGAAAAAAGGACAAAAGAGCGAUUUAAACUUUAAGAAAUCCGAUAACGAGGAUAAAAUCAAUUAUCAAAUUCAAUCUGGUGAUAAGUUGGAAGAACUUAAGAGGCCGUUAUGGGCGUUUGACGAUGAAAAAGUGGUUAAGGAUUUUUCGGAAUAUCGAGAGAAAUCCGAUGUCUCGGAAAAUUACGAAUCGACAACGGAAGCUGAUUAUAAUUACGAUGAGAAGUACAUUGUUAAAAGCGAAAGUGAUAAUGUUAAUAAUCGUGAACAUAACGACAGACAUAUCGACGAUGAAUUAUAACAAGAAAACAAAAAUGAUAUACCACACAGUAGACUGAAUACUAAUUGUUACAGACGUUUUCAGAGAUUAUUGAAACAUUCGUCUGUUUGUUAAUUCUUGUUAAUGUUUUUAACCUAGUAUGUCAGAUAUACUUUUCGGGAAGGCACCGGACACGCAUCCUUAAUGAAACUAAAGAAUUUUUAUAUAUGCAAAUUAUUUUGCGCAUAGAAUAUAUACAUGUACACUUGCAUAUAAAUAUAUAUAUAUAUUUAUAUAGUACAUGUCCUAAAAUAAUUUCUAAUCUAAUUAAAAAAUUAUUACCUCGCGUCUAAUUGCUACUUAUAAUCUCAGCAAAGUCAGACGAAUGUUUUUAAACCCAAAGGCCAGUUGCGCUCAUAAAGAAAUAGUAUACUAUUCUAACACUAAAAUUUCAAGUAUAAAUAACAGAUUAAAUGAAGAAGAAGAAGAUGAAGAAAUAAGUACUAUUGCAUAUGUCACUUGCUGAAUAUAUAGUUGCAUUGAAAUAUGUCUGUCGGUGCAUUUGCAAAGAAUGUAUGUGUAAAGGAUAUCAAUUGGAUGUCACGAAAGAAAACUAUUAUGGUAUGUUUCAAAAGUAUAAAUAAGAUCAUUUGUUUUGUUAAAUCUCUUAGCAGUUUUGCUUAUUCAUAUUUUAGUUAAAUAGCAUACAGGCCAUAUAAAAACUUCAUUUAGUCUUUGUUAAUAUACAAUGUAUUGCGAGCAUUGUUUCUUGUUUCUAUUGUUAUUUGAGCUUUGGAGAGAUUCGUUUUUCUUUUCUCUUUACUCCAGAAACAAUCUGUAAUAUUCUAUUGUAAUGACCGACUCAUGCAAACGUGUACAAAUCAUAUUUUAAACUGUUAGACCAUGGUCAUAACGAUACUCAAGAUACAUUUAAAAUAAGUGCUUCAGAUUUUGGUCGAUAAAUUAUUUGCAACAAGUAGUAAAAUUAUACAGGAAAUGGAUUAUGUAAGAAAACCAUAAAGUCAUUAUCAUCAUGAAGAUAAUGUACAGGUAAACAAAAAUGGAGAGUGCGUUGUAUAGAAAACUGUGUGUAUAUAUAUAUAUAUGUAUAUGUAUAUAUAUAUAUAUAUAUAUAUAUAUAUUGCCACAAGGCAGUGCUGUACAUAAUAUUAAUUUGUUAUAAAAAAAGUAAGUCGAUGUAAGUAACGAAAAGUUAAUUAUUGUUUCAAUUAAACCGUUAACUUUCCCUUGAAAUUAUACACCAGAUACAACUGAAAAAAGGUUGAAUAUGUUCUUUUUUGUUUUUCUAUCUUAAUUAACAGAAUUAGGAUUAUAAUUUUUGUUCUUAUGCCAAUUAAUUUAAUUGUCCAAAGUUAUUAUUUGAAUUAUAAUGUUACUUUUUGUUUGUUGUCGCGCAUUGUGUGAUUCCAUGGGUUACACGUUAAUAAUCAUUGCCAGUGUAAAUAUUAUGCAAUAAGUAUAUCAUUAGUUAACGGUACAUAUGUAAUAAGUUAAUUCAGUAUCUGCCAAAUAUAACGCGAAAUGAUUUUACUGUGCGUAAAGUGAACUAUAAGUUUUCUAGGCAGUCUGACUUGUACAUAAUACGUAACACUGUUGGAAGUCGUACAUUGUGAUUGUAUAAUAUUAGUUAGGUCAAGAGAUUGAAUAUGUUGAAUAUUGUUUUUGGUAUGGGAGUAGCAGAGUAAGAGUAAGAAAUAAAAUAUAUGUUGUAAGUAA